CGCCUCUCUGUCUCCAUCCCUCGACGACGAUACCCAUUUCGCUCCCCUCCCCCUCAUCAUCAUCUACCUCUGCGUGCCCAACGAGCGCUGCACGGCGGCCAGGAUGCCGGCGUGGUGGAAGGGCAAGGGCAGGACGGCCAGGACCAAGGCCCCGGACCCGCCGUCGCCCGGCGGCUCUGUCCCGGCCUCGGCGGUAGGGAGGGACAAGAGCAAGAACAAGAAGGCCAGCAGCUUCGACGAGGCGCUCAUCGCCAGGGAAGGCCGCGGGAAGCAGCAGCAGCAGCUGCGGGCGGUCGGGCACCCGCUGCCGCGCCCGGCGUCCCUGCCGUCGCCCCUGCCCUCCACCUCCGCGUCCGGGUCCACGUCCAGCGCCGGCAGCUCGUCCCUCGGCUCCUCGGCCGCCUCCGACGAGCCGCCGGAUCUCGGGUUCUACAGGCUGGCGAUUGAUUCUCGGAAGCAAAGCCUUGUGCUAGAAGAAGGGCGCUUAGUCACAAAUAACCAUCAGGUUUCGGAGCAUAAUAACAGAUCGUCUGAAGCCUCUGUUUCUCCAAGGAAAGAAUUUCAGCUCAACACUUUGGAUCUUUCAAACGAUCAGACGACCUACUGCCGUGGUCGAAAAUCGACAGAGAUUGUGUUCCCUACACGGAUGCCGAGCUCUCCCCCUAGCUCGAGAGGCCAACACUGUCCAGCCUCGCCUGUGCAUUCAAGAGCGUUCGGGCAAUGCCCUGGAUCCCCUACUGGAUGGCAGGAUGAUUCACGGAGCUCAAGCUCAAGCUCUGCGCACCCGCUUCCUCUUCCUCCAGGCACCCCGUGCUCAUCAUCUCGGUCCCUUCAUUCGCAGUGGAAGAAGGGGAAGUUGUUAGGCAGUGGUACGUUUGGGCAAGUAUACCUCGGAUUCAACAGUGAAGGCGGCCAAAUGUGUGCAAUUAAAGAGGUCAAGGUUAUUGCUGAUGAUUCGAACUCCAAAGAGUGUCUGAGGCAGCUAAAUCAGGAAAUGUUGCUUCUGAAUCAGCUUUCGCAUCCAAACAUUGUGCAGUACUACGGCAGCGAACUGUCGACUGAGACACUCUCAGUUUAUCUUGAGUUUGUUUCUGGGGGCUCUAUACAUAAGUUGCUUCAAGAAUAUGGUCCACUUGGGGAGACAGUCCUCCGGAAUUACACUGCGCAGAUCCUUUCUGGCCUUGCAUACUUGCAUGGGCGGAAAACAGUGCACAGAGAUAUCAAAGGAGCGAAUAUACUUGUAGAUCCUAACGGUGACAUUAAACUUGCAGAUUUCGGCAUGGCCAAGCAUAUAUCAGCAUACACAUCUAUCAAAUCCUUCAAAGGAAGCCCCUACUGGAUGGCUCCAGAGGUUAUCAUGAAUACCAACGGAUAUAGCCUUUCAGUGGACAUUUGGAGCCUUGGCUGCACCAUUCUUGAGAUGGCAACUGCAAGGCCUCCUUGGAGUCAGUACGAAGGGGUUGCUGCAAUAUUCAAAAUAGGAAACAGCAAAGACAUACCUGAUAUCCCAGAUCAUCUUUCUUCUGAAGCAAAAAACUUUCUGAAACUCUGCUUGCAGCGUGAUCCUGCUGCGCGUCCAACUGCUGCUCAAUUAAUAGAACAUCCUUGGGUCAAAGACCAAGCUUCAGUUAGGAGCUCCAGGUCUGGCAUUACUAGGGAUAUGUUUCCAACUUCCAGCGAUGGCAACAAAACCACGGUAAAGACAAACGUCGCGUUAUCAUCCUACAGAAGCUUAUCACCUCUGCGGGAUACUAAUCUCGGGAUGAGAAACUUGCCAAUGACAGCAGCUUCCAUUCCAGCGAUAUCCACUCGCAGGAUUUCUGCUAUCAAUGCAUCCAAUAUACGGAUGAACAUGUCCCUGCCCGUGUCGCCGUGCGGUAGCCCGCCGCGGCAGUACAAGCAAUCAAAUAGAAGUUGCUUGCCCUCACCUCCUCAUCCAGCAUAUUCAGCGGGAGCAGCCAACUACAGCCCUAUCAACAAUGCACUUUACCCUACUCGAGCAAGCAACUAUCUUUCAGAUCCAUGGCUCGAAAUCCCUCAACGGAAAAUAACACAAACAUUUGAUUCUCCAAGAAGAUUAUAGAAAUUCCAAACCGUACAUGUUCUUUAUACUGGAAGAGAAGAUAUUCCCUCGGUUAUGGUGUUAGAACCUAAGGGGUCUCUUUUUUCUUUUUCUCCCUUUCUGCAUGUAUCUUCCCCUCAGGAGUCAGGAUACAGUUGCCUCGUCCUUGUACAAAUUCACGCAACGAGAUCUAGUGAAAAGAAAUACUGUAGCAUUUUUGUUCAAGAAAGAGAGUAGCAUUUCAGGUUA